GCUUAAGCUAGGCCUCUGGGGUUGCCAUGGCGACGGGAGGCAGGCCGCUCUGGCUGAGGCUGAGGCAGCAGCGAGGAGGAGGCUGUCAGUGAGCGCGCAGCAGAGGCUGAGGCAGUUGGAGGAGGAGGAGGAGGAGGAGGCAGCGCCUGAGCCUCCGCCGCCAUGGACGGCCACUGCGACUGUGCCGAGCCCGCCAGCAGCAGCAGCAGCCACAGCACCAUGGGCGAGCAGCCUCCGCCGCCGCCAUCAGGGAAGCUCAACAAAGCCGCCUUCAAGCUCUUCAAGAGGAGGAAGCCCAGCGGAGGCGGCGCCAUGCCAAGCAUCUUCGGAGUCAGGAGCCUCAAGAGCAGGGGCGGCGAUGGCGGCGGAGGCGGAGGCGGCGGGGGGCCGGCGGCGGGGGGCCUGGUCAGGAGCAAGACCCACGACGGCUUGGCCGAGGUGGCAGCGGCGCAGGAGGGCGGCAAGAAGGCGGAGGAGGAGGAGGAGGAGGGCGGCAACAGCAAGGCGCCAGGCUCCUCUCUAGCCCCAGCAGCCACGGCUGCCUCGCCUCCUCCUUCGCCUUCCUCUCCUUCGUCUUCCUCGGUGGGGAAGUCCCACAGCUUCUUCUCCCUCCUGCGCAAGAAGGAGAGGCCCAGCAAGGGCCGAGGGGGGCUGAAGGGGCUCUUCAGCAGCAUGCGGUGGCCCCGAAGGGACAAGCCUGGAGGAGGGAGGGAGAAGGAGGGAGAAGAGGAGGCUGGGGAGACCCCCGAGGGCCCGGCUGCCAUCCUCAUGCCAGGCUCCCUCACGGCCAGCCUGGAGUGCAUCAAGGAGGAGGCUCCCCCUCGAUCCCCGAGCCCUCCAUUGACAGCCAUUCUGGACUCUAUACUAGCCCCUGAAGCGGUGGCCCCUCAAGAGACACCACUGCUGACCAACUUCCAGGUCGAGGAGACCCCCACAAUCGUGUCCCAGGCAAAGGAGAGCCAGGCCAAGCUAAUGGAGACCACCGCCACCAACGACGACGACGUUCAAGCGCCUCAGGAGGACCCGGCCAUAACAGGGUGCGGGGACAUUAUCGCCGACCCGGAGGAUGACGCCGGUGGCAGCGGCGGCGGAGGAAGAGGCGGUGGAGGUGACAAGAGCGCCCUCGGGGUCCACAAAGAAGCAGGGGCCUCCAAAAAGCCUCCCGGCGUGGUGACCUACCAAGGCGGAGGAGAGGAGAUGGCCAGCCCCGAACAGGUGGGGGACACGUGCGCCCCAGAGUUCUGGGACCUGUUGUCGCGAGCGGAAAGGAAGACGCCGGAGAUGCCGAGACGGAAGGAAUCCCCUGAGGCCUCCAAAGAUGGCUGUGCCAAAGGCCUACAGGAUGAACCCACGGCUGGGCAGCAUGUUUGUUUCAACCACAGCCACAGAGAAGAGCAGAAAAGCAGAGAGAAGGAGCAGCAGGAAGCUAUCCCCAGCAGCGAUGAGGGCUAUUGGGAUUCGACCACUCCUGGGCCCGAGGAGGACAGUACCAACAAUAUCCAGAAAGAAGUGAUUCCCAGGGACAGCUACAGCGGUGAUGCACUCUAUGAUCUGUAUACCGAUCCAGACGAAAACACAGCCGCCGUGACUUCUGCAGAAGACGUCACCUCUGUGACUUGCGGCAAGCCACUAUCUCCGGUAACGACCACAUGUGUGGUCAAAACCCAUACAACUUCACUCAAGGACUCCAAGAUACCCAUUAGUAUCAAGCAUUUUACAUCGCCACAUAGCAGCCAUGGUCCAGAUACCAGUAACAGCCAUCACAUUGCACACCAUCAGCCUACCAAAAGUGAGGUCCCACGAACAAAAAUCCCUGUUUCUAAAGUGCUUGUACACCGGGCCAGUUACCGGAGCUUAGCAGGGACAACAGGUAAAGCAGCCACAUAUCAUGAAAGUGCCAAAAAAUAGGAGGAGGUUAAGAUGAGCAUGCAAGUCUUUUACAGGAACUCAUUAGUAAGUGGCUUGGCAUCACCUAAAGGAAGACAUCUACACGUGUCUCUUCCGUGAAUACGAAGGACACUUGCUUCUGAAUUCCAUCCUCAUAUAUAAAGUAUAUAUGUGAUAUUAGGUUCUUUUUGAGCACUUUUUAAACAUUUGUAUCUGAUUUCUGAAGCACUAAACCAUUUGGGAGACCACUUUUCCAUGCCUUUUGUGGAAGCAGGACUUUGGGAAUAUAAUCAAUUAUACAAACACGUGCCAUGAAUUCUUCAACAUGGAUGGAGCUAUAAGAGAGAGAGGACCAAAAGAAGCUUUCCAGCAUAUAUGAUGGUUUUAGUUUUGUUUUAAGUAUUUUCAGCCUAUACUGAAAAAUGAUGCCUACUCUAAUACUGUGCAAAAAUGUCAAGCAAAAUAAUGAUAAUGAUAAUAAUAAAAACAACAGCAGUAAAACUUCAGGUCUUUAACCUGAGAUUUAGAGAGUACUGUCAACUAGCAAGAGAUUCAUCUGGUGAAAGGUAGCUGAUUGAUCAGUUAGGUGGAUUUCUAUAAUAAGAGAUAUUUUUGUUUGUCUGUUUGUGUUGGAUCCGUCCUAAUGUAAAUGCGUAAUGAAGAUAUCUAGUGAACUCUCAGAUGUUUACACCAAUGUUUUUCUGAUGCAUAAAAUAAUCAGGUUCAAGGGAAUAAUUUUCCUAAAUGCCACUAUAGAGACAACUACAAAAUUUAUACAUUAAAUUGUUCUUCAUGUAUAAAUAGAUGCAUAUGUUAAUUUUAGUGCUACUGUUUUUUAUAUUAAAAUGUCUUUCUGUAUUUACUAGAGUUGAAGCAAAGUUAGUUUUUAUAGAUGGAUAAUUUUACAAUUCUAAACGUAUGAACCUUUAAAAGUAGAGCAAAAUUUUAUAUGGACUUUAACACCCUAGAAGAAACAACUCUGUUAAUCCUAUAAACGCGAUGCAUGCACAAGACCAAUAUUUUCAUAUUCUUCUGGAAGCCCCAUGUUUUCAAGCAUAAAAUAGAACAUUGCUUCAGUCUCUUGCAGAGUUACUGCCUAAGGCUCCACAUCCAUUUAAUAUAUAAUUGUGUGUGUAAACACAUACACAAACACACAUACUGUAUGUUUCAAGAGGUAAUGAAAUGAAUUUGGGGUGUUAAACAAAGUUGAGUUCCUCCUCCCCUGAGUUUAGACUUAAAUAUUAUUUUACUUUAAGAAAGAAAGGGAAACUGGCAAACGGCUAGUCCAUUAAACAAUUAUAUCAUCUUGGAGGUAAUAGACAUCAUAAUGGCCCUUGAAUAGGAGCAGUGCUACUAAAAUGUAGUUACUGUAUUGACAUCUUUUCAAUGUAACAGCAUCACAUGAUGUGCCUAAAGACCUAUUUUCUAUUUAGAUUGAAAGAGCCUCAUUGAGAUGUAAUGGAAUGACAGUGCUUUAAAAAUAAAAUAGAGAACAACAUUAGAGUGCUGUUUCAGUACAUCCUGAAGAUAGUGCAUAUUUCUUUUAAAAAAAAUCAAAACUUAGUCUGAAAAACCAUUUAUUACAUGACCCAGAAAAUCUUAAAUUUACUAAAGUCAGCUAAAUUUCAUCUAGGUAACAGUCUGUUUACAUUGCCUUCUUUUUAAAUAUAAAGUAAAUGCAAGUAUACAAAAUAGAAAUUGAAGAGUGUUAUAGUUGCAUGUUAAGGAGGAAAUAUAGUAAAUGUGAAACCUGUAAUCUUGCCCACAGCUAGGUUCCUUUUAUCUCAUUGAUUUAAAUGGUAUUUAGGCAACCUUUUUAUAGGAUUUCAGAGGACCAGCAUGUUUAUUUACAAAGGCCAAGUUCCCAAAGAGUAACUAGGUAUACGCAAGAACUUGCCACAGGAUUUUCCCACUUCUUUUGUAAAACUACGAACAGCUGACAAUCCCCCCCCCCCCCCCCCCGCAAAAAGGCUAUCAUAAAUUGCUUUUUAAAGAAGGUUCAUUUCUUAAGUGGCUUGCUUGUGAGGGGGCGAGAAACACAACCAACACCACACCCUUGGGCAUACCGGACAAGUUAAGUGGCUUUUUGGAAUUCAGCCAAAGAUGCUAUUCACAGUGGUCAAAUUUAAAGAAUUUUGGAACUAAUUCUGUGAUCCUAAGGGAUCUUUAGACUUAUUUUCUCAGACAGCAGCCUGUGUGCCACAUAGUUAAAAACUGCUUUUGAAAGUGUGGCAAUUAGGUUGAAGUCAUUUCAAAAGCAUGUUGUGAUAUGGCUGAUCAAAACAAAAGCUAACUAAGCUAGACCAUGUCUGUUCCAAGAGUGUAAGCAGAUAAUUUGGAUUUCAGUCAAUAAUAUAUCUUACUCGGAGUGAUACAGAUUAUGAUCCUCAAACCAUUUGAUCCUAGUAUAUAGUGGAAUACUGCUUUCAGUGUUUUGUAAAUUACAUGCAACAAAGUUGGGAUGGGUCAUGUCUUCCAUUCUCCAAGAGGAGAGAAACAAGAAUCAAAUCUUAGCCUUUCACUCCAUAUAUUCUUUUCUCCUCUAUUUAGAGCCAGACAGUUGAGUUCUAGGAUGCUUCAUUGGCAAUAAGUUCUAUUUAAUCAGUCAGUCUCCCAAGAACACCUCAUAUUUAGAAUCACAGUGUUAACACAACCACAUGAAUGGUUUAUUUUGUGUACUUUCUCAGAAUGUAUUUGUCAAUGGUUGCAGGUGCACCCUUUCACACAAACAUAUUGUACAUAUGCAUUCAUAUUCUUGUGGACAGCACAUAUUUUACAUGACACACAUUGGUAAUAUGGUAAAGGGUGUGUACACUUCCCUGGACAGACUAAAAGAUCCAAGGUACAUACAGCAAAUCUUGUCAAAUCAUUUUGACAACUUACUAAUCUUUGCCAAACAAAGGGAUUCACUUUUGACCUGAUUUUGCUUGUAUUUUGUUUUCUAAGAGAUUUAGGAUGUAGAAGAUGAUUGGCUCCUGCUCCUGCAGUCCCUCCCUUUGAGGAUUGUGAGACUGCAUCAGGCGAAAUGGUUUUCAUUUUGUAGCUGUAAUGCUCUGGAAGGAAAGAAUGUAGAGGGCAGAUAAUGAUUUUAAUCCUAAGCAUAUAACAGCUAUUCUCAAUUUCACUUCAGUGAAGGUCAUGUUCUCCAUGUGUAUACUAUCUAUGCAGAAAUAUCAAAAUUGCUUGUUUUGAAGGAGAAAUUGGGUAAAGGAUUAAUAAAGGGUGUUGAAAGUGGAGCUGGAAAGAGGAUGUUGUGAUGGGCUGAGAGACUGAAUUAAAUCCAAAGGAGAGUUGGGUCAUUUAAACUGCCAAGAAACACUUUAAUUUGGAGUUGAAGGCUUUCAUGGCCGACAUCCAUAGUUUUUUGUGGGGUUUUUGGGCUAUGUGGCCAUGUUCUAGAACAUGGCCACAUAGCCCGAAAAACCCACUAAAACACCUUAAUUUGCUUGCAGUUUUUCAUCAUAUGCAUUUUGUUUAUGUGUACGCUGCAUGUAUGCAGAGCUAAUCAUAGUUUUUUUAUUUGUGACUAAGCCAUUAUUUUUUGUCUUUCUUUUAUUUAUUUGCUCUUUUAGUUUCCAUCUCUUUCACUAUCUUGUGAAGGCUGUAAAAUGUAGUCUAAGGUGUACCACAUACAGCCAUUCUUUUCACAGAUAAUAGGACCAAUGUUAACUUCUGUCAAUGCCUUCAGUAGUUAUUUAUCAACUGUUUGAAUGAUACAGUGUUUUUGUGAUCAACAAUGCUCAUGUGAUUUUGCUGAUAAGGGAGUAAGCACUAUGUAAACAACUAACUAGGUCUUGUUAGAGGAUCGUGUACAUUGACCUAAGCCUUUCACUGACAGUGUGCCAAUAGUACUAAUUUUGCGAUAUCACAAUGGAGUUAAAUUUUCCUAAUAUAUGCCUUUGGAAAUGUACUAAUGAUAAUAAAUGGAGUGGAUACCAAGCUUGCUAUAUUCAUAACAUGCAAUUGUAUAAGUGAAAUGGCUGAUAUCUGUGAGGAAUUUAGGAAGGAGUUGGUCUGUGACUGCAAGGUGUUAAGGAAGUAGGAUGGAAGCAGUUUGGAUCUUUCCGUUGGUACCAACUAGUACAGCAGCAGUUCAUUUGUCUGCUAGUAAUGUUAAUAUGUUGUUGACAAUCAUAUCUUAAAAAGAAAAAGGAGAAAGCAACUUGAAGUAAUGUGCUUUGUCAACUUUUGUGAUUUUUUUAAACCACAAAAACAGGAAUUGGGUGAUGGUCUUUGAUCAUGUCAAAGACUUUGUAGAGAAGGAUGAUUCUGUAUUUUGACGACAUAGUUGACAUGUUGGACACGCAGAGUACAUUCACAGGGUUUUCGCAUGAAUCCAAACAAACUUGGUAAGAAAGGGGUCUGUCUCAGUCCCAAACCUCUGAAUUCACUGGGCUGUUGCCAGAGCUGGAAGUCUGAGGCACUUUCAGUGCCAGAGAUGGGUGAAACCCAGUUCUUACAUGAUACUUUGGCCUAAAAUAAGCACUGGAAAGCUCUUCUCACAGCUGCAAAAUCCAAUAUGUAGAAAUGGCACAUUAUUCUAGUGACACAUCAUUGCUGCCUCUGUGUUGUCCUCAUCAUUGAUAUGCCAGUCUUUCAUUGUGUGCCCACAUUUUGCCAUGCCCUGUCAGCAUAGUUAUGUACAAGCUGCAUUCUACCACAGACCACCGUUUUCAGAAAUGGCCCUUAAUAAUUCACAAAACAUUUCAUACAAUACAAAUAUAUUAUCUAUUUAUUUGAAAACACAUCCUAUUCCUCAGGGCUCUUACUCCCAGGCAGUUGUGUACAGGAUUGUAGCCAAUUUUGAAAUUCUUAAAUGCUGCAGCAUAUAUACUGCAGUUAAUUGUUGCCAGGAUGUUUUUAUUUUUAAUAUGAAUAUUAUAUUUGUAUGUUAGAAAAUAUAAGCAGUGCCUAAGACAAUGCACUGAAAAGGAUAUUCAACAAACGUAUGAGCACUCUGAUAAGUUAAGAUUGAGAAAAAUGGUAAGAUUAAGAAAGAUGGUAAAGCGGUGGAAUUAAAGGAAUGAAACAUAAGAAAGUUACCAUCCUGGUAGCAUUCUAUAGAGCUGUGCAUUUUAAUCACUAGAGAUUUCUGUAUUUCUGCAGCCUCGAUAGGCAGAAAUGAUCUUCCAAGUCCCAAAGAUGCUGUAUUCUUUAAUAAUGAAGUCAUUAUUUUUAUUCUUUAAAGAAGGCUUUAUUUAUGUAGCAUUCGGCUUGGGAUGAUUGUUUGUACAUUUGUUACCUUGUACAUAACAAGCAAAGAGUAUGUUAGGUCAGGUAUUUAGCAUUUUGUACUCUUUGCAUUUGCAGGUCACCUUGUACAUUUUAUGUGUUGUUGGAAUGUAUUAUGUAAUAAUGUAUGGUUUAAAUAUUUUGUGUGACAUAUGGUUUUUUAAAGGACACCUUUCUUCCCUUUCUAAUGCUAUCAACUGCUCUUUGUGAUCUUGCUUUGCUCCCAUAGAUGUAAAGUUUGUUACACCCUAGGUGUGGUCUGCCUCUGAGACAAAGACUUUGUUCUCAUCUCAGUGCACAUGCAUUUUUCCUAUUGGCAGAAGUCCACAGCCCACAUACUCUGCUGAAAUUCACAUUACUUUAGCCUAGGAUAAAUGGCAUGUGGACUUCAGCUAUUAGGAGUCAUAAAGGCGCAUGCAGGAGAUUUAAGACAAGCUUCACUGUUAUGAGGUAAACACAUGAUAAGUGUUACUGGUGAACUGGUUGUCCUGCAAACAUUACAGCCCCAAUAUCCUUAGCUUAGCAAUGGAUAGAAUCUAUACUUUUUCUGUUUAUAAACUCAUCCUAAGGAAAUUCCUUCUCUGGUUAAUUUUUCAUAGCUUCUACUGAAUUAUUUAUCUAGACUAAAAUGAUAUUGCACCAAAGUCUUUGAAAUGUCUGAUUCUAAGGGCAAUUUCAGCAUAGUGCUUCAAUUCCAGAGAACCACAGUUUGCUUUGCUUUCGGAAGCAAAACUAUUAGUUGGCCUGGAAAUUUAUGGGACACCCAGGCUCAAAGGAAGCUAUUGAAGUGGUUCCUGAGCUUACUUGGAAGCUUUUUGUGUUGUGGAUUGACAUAUUUUGUGGAGAGCAUAGCAACAAUAUGUUCUACACCUGUUAGACAAGAACCAUUCAUCUGCCCAUACACAAUUAUAAUAACAUUACUGUAUUACUGUAUUACCAUUUUGCUUAGCAGAGUAGAAUGGUAGUUCAUUUUAGAAAAAUCGGGGAUGGAUUCUGCUCAUUUCAUUGCUACUCACUAUGUUGAAAUGCCAUAAUUUGAAAUCUGAAUUGGUAGAUACAUGUAUCCUAAGAUAUAACCAUUUCAUAUUAAACUAAAACUAAGCAUGGUAUGCAUGUAGGAAGCUGAUCAGGGCAAUGGCAUGGAAGACAGUAACUGUUUGCUUCUGUGCCACCAACACAAACUACCCUGAACAGUUGAAUUUUAAGUUAAACUGCUUAAAGCCAUAAAUUUACAGCAAACAGUCUAUUUCACUUGGGCCAUUUGGAGUCUGAGAAUUGGUGUGGGUUCAAAGAGUGGAACUUCAUGGUACUGAUCCACCCCCCUUUCCCUCCCAGCUGCCUUCAAAAUAUACAAAUCUUUCUCAUCAUGUAUAGUUUGAUCCUGGUAGUUGUACUGUUGUGUGGGUGUGAAACAAAAGAGUUUUGUCACCAGACUCUUGGCUGAAAUAGACUGGGAAAACUUCCAGUCUUUCCAAAGAAUCCAGUCUGAGGGUCGCUUCAAAUUCCAUGUUGUUUUGGUUCAUACUUUCUAGACACACACACACACACACACACGUAUAGAUAACAGACAGAGAGGUCAGGGCUGGCUAUGACUCACUGCCAAGUGUACACUUGGUGUCAAAGGUGAUCUUAUCACAUAAUGUGUGUAAGCAUACCCUUGUAUUACAGCUCUGCAAUGUAAGUUGUAGUAAUAGGCAGAGCACUUAAGUGUUCUGGCCUCAGUACAGGAAUAGUAAGUGUGAAUCUGGCCCUGUUGAUUUUAUUGACAACUCCUUAAAUUGUCUUGCAUUUUUUGGUUCAAAACACACUGCAGAAAUAAUCUAGUUGGAGACCGCUUUAACUGCCCUGACUCAGUGCUAAGUAGUCCUGAGAACUGUAGUUUAUUGUGGCACCAAAGCUCUCUGACAGAGAGGGCUAAAUGUCUCCCAAAACUACAGUUCCUAGAAUUCCCUAGCAUUGAACAUUUAAAGUGCUCUUAAACUGGAUUAUUUCUGCAUUGUGUAUUGGACCCUUGUCUAUUCCGUUUUUGCCUCUCCCUCUGCUUCAGCUUGAAAGUGUUCAUACCAUGUUACUUAGCAUUUUCACAGAACCACAAAAGAAACACUAUUUCUCCUAAUUCAUCUAGAUAAGACAACAUCAAACAAAAGGAAGAGACACAAGCUAUUUUAAAAUCCCUGAGGUCAAGAACAGUAUCCCGUAAGAAAACCAGGCUAACUAGUAAUAAAAGCGAAAAGGAGCAAGUGCAGAGUGCUGGGACAUGGGAGGUCUGGUAUAAGAUUUUGCUCAUAUUCAUAUUAGAGUGUAGAUAAAAACCAGAUGGUGAAAAUCUUUUAUUCUGACUAUAUCAUAAAAGUGGUGCUAAAAGUGGAGUUCAGAGUACAGUACUGGGGGAAGGAGGGGCACAUAGGAGUCCCAAUAAAACAAGUUACCAUUUUUUGUCAGUGCCAUUGAUUGAGAUGACACCAGUGAUGGUACCAGUCUGCUUUUCGCAGCCUGUGACUCCGUGUGCCCCAGGAAACCCCAGUUGUUUGAAUGGGCCAAAGCCAGGCAAUAGCUUAUGACUUGCUAUCAAAGAUACGGUGUCUGUACCCAUCCAUACAUCUGUGCCUGUGAAAUUUCUGACCUGUGAGUUUUUUCUACCAUAAACUGUGAACAGUACUUGCUGGUACUGCUUGCUUGGAGUAGAGUUUAACUGUAAAGGAAAAUACUGGUUGUUUGUAUUCCAUCAGCACAAACGUCUUCCUCUACCCUAUAUAUAGACCAGUAACCUUUCAGCUUUCAGUGUUGGUGCCUUCUUCAAGCAGACAUCUCUCUGCUUGUAGUUUUCCUUUAGUCCCCUUCUAGCACCAACUUAGCAUUUGUAACGUGUCUCUCUCCCAUUCUGCCAGGAUGUAUUUUCUCAUUGCCUGCAGUGUAUCUUCCAUGCACAUCCCUCUUGCUCCACUGCCAGCAGUGAUUACAUCCCACUUAUCCUUCAUCCAAUUUGUUUGCUGCCAGCAAUUUUUUCUCCAUGUCCAUCCCUUUUCACCCUAUGAGAAGUGUAUUUUCCAGGAACGUUUUCCCCUUCCUUCCCUCCUCCUGCCAAAUAUGUGUUUUUCUUUCUGCAGCCUAAGCACACUGCAGGCUAUACAUGCAUAGGCUAUGCGCAUGUCACACUGCAUCAAUAGUGUUUCUUUCCAUGAGCAUCCUUACCCAUGCAUUUUUAUGAGCAACUCACUCCAUUUUGCUACCUCAUUGUCGGAAAUAUGCUCCUCUCUCCUUUCCCCCAAACAGCUGAAAUCUAUUAACCUUCCAUGAAUGAUGUAUGGCUUUUUUAUUGCAGAGUUUACUAGCAAAUAAUGCUAUUUUUAGAAGAACCCCUUUUGUUUAGGAUGAGAUGUUGCUGUAUAUUGUGGAAAGCCAAUUUUUUGCAAUAUACAGAAGAAAGGGCUGCUGGUUUGUGUUUGAUUUAUCUCAAUACAUAAAGACCCAAAGCAUACAAAUUACAGUUGCUGUCAGGGAAUAGGGAAGAUAGAAUUUGUCCUUUAAUGCGCUAAUUGUUCUGACUGACACUAAUGCAGUCAGAGCUUUAGGGCACACUCUCAACAUCACUUAAUACAAAUGGUUAUCACCUUAAUCUACUUUAGCCAUGCUUUUGUGUACAGCAACAAGGUAGUUGAUGAACAGUAAAAGAUCUCCCCACUUCCAGCUUUCACUAUCUGUGCAUGUAUGGUAUAUGUUUGAGCCAACUGGUGAUAUAAAACUAGGAACUGGUAACUAUGCUGAUGGUUUUGCAUAUGUGUCACAGAAGCUGAAAUACAGAAACUUCCAUAUUUUAAGAAAAAAGAUUUUGACACUAAUGAAAAUAGAAUCUACACUCUUAUAACACACCGUUACACUUUGGUUUGAAAAUUUGUUUCACUGUUAUGCAGACAUUUACACUGUUUUGUAUAUUGUUGUGAUAAUAUUUUUCCCUGCUGCUCAAAAUGCAAAUCAUGUCUCUCCCCUCCCUCUUUUUCUUGUUGUUUUUCCAUUUUAACAAGCAACCCCACUCCAGGACUUGACCCUGGUGUUUAGCAUGUGCAAUCUAAAGCUAACACAAUAAUUGUCAUUAUUAAUUUAGGUUGUGAUGGCAGAAAUGGGAUCUGAUCCUAAGAAGUACAGUGAAUCCUAUGUGCUGUCUACUGUGCCACUGCCUGCCCUCAUUUUGUAAUUUGUUAAAAAGUAUAUUUUUUUCUUUUUACUUUAAUUGCUGUUUUAAGUGGAAAAUAUUCUUUAGCCAAUUGAUGGUGUUGGGUUAAGACUGUAAACAAGACCAUCAUCUUCAUCAUCAUCAUCCUAUUAUUGUUAUUAUUAUUAUUAUGUUGGUCUGUGUUACAUUAAAGAAAUCACU